CCACAUUAUCUAGCAUGACAUCUCCCCGGCCCACGGCCUGCAAGCUCCAACAACACACACCACCCGCCACCGCCACCAUCUCGUCUCACAAGACAAAGCGUGAAGCAUCUCGAACUCUUGUGAAUUGAUCCCCAAAUCCGAGCUCUCGAGAAAAUUCCUCCCCUUCCCACUCCCCUCUCCCGAGAGGCAAUCCGCGCAAGGCAGGCCCCAAACCCGGAUCAAUCCUUACAUUACAAAACCCCCUACCCACCUCCCUCGAACCAAACCAGCAAAUCGAACCGAGAUCGAUCGGGAGUGAGAGAUCGAUCGACGUUGCGGAAGCAGGAUCCGGCCAAGAUGUUCUUCUUCUUCGUGGGCGGCGUGGAGCAGGGCGCCGGGCGGGUGCUCAAGGAGGCGGCGGGGCGGUGCCUGCGGUGCGGCGGCACGGCGGACCUGGUGGAGACGGAGAAGGCGCUCAAGCUCUUCUUCGUCCCCGUCUGGCGGUGGCCCGGGAAGGACCCCGCCUACCUCUGCCGCGAGUGCGGCCUCCUCGCGCCGGGGUCCCUCGGCGGCGAGCCGGGCCCGUCGCUGCUGCCCCGGGAGUCCCGCUGCGGCGCGUGCAGCCGCGCCGUCGACCCGCAGUUCCGGUUCUGCCCCUUCUGCGGAUCCGCGCUCUGAACGGUGAGCGGCGCCUGUACUGACGUUUGCCACUCGCCGUGCCCGUAGUUUGUACUGAGCUUUUUUUUUAUGUGGAAAGUAUUGCUGUAUGCGUGUAAUCACAACUUUGGAAGCGAAAUUGUAAUGAAAAACAUCCCAUCAUGUUGGAAGUUCAGUAUACUGAUGGGGAUGUUCAGUUUUACUAUUUGUAAAAAAUUACAGUCCUUGCUUGUCAUGGGUGUUUCAGUGACA